ACUUUCUCCUCGUGCUACAACUACCGCUAAGACGCUGUAUUCAACCUGUUCAUUUCUAACUCGCCGACAGCCGACAUGCACGCUAUUGCACCACACUCUGAUGUCGUAAAUUCCCCGUCCAGUAUGAUAUGAUCAGAGGUACGUAUUGUCUAUAUUCAACUCCGCGCAUUACAAGACCUUUUGCCUUUUCCAGAGCAGCAUGCGACUUAACUAGUACGCGGUCGAUACAUCCAUCAAAGAAGCCGAACACGUACCCACCCCACCCCAAUCGGCGAAUACGGCAGAUACUAUGCAGGAUAAUGUGAGGAUGAGUGCAGGUGUUCAGGAACGCCACCUGCCAAUGGCUAUUCGCAUUCACCCGAUCGCGCUACGCCUGGUGUUCGACGCCUCAUUCCCACCACCAGAGUAUCUAGACCCAUCGCUCAGCCACGGCCCUCUAUCGCCUUGGUGCCAGGCAAUCAGGGCAAAAAAGGCAUUGGGUCUUGUAUGUACGUACUGGCAUAUGGUUGCAACUCCGAUCCUUUACGAAGAUGUUGUUUUCCGUCGCGUUGGGCAAAUACCUGCGUUUGCCCGGACCCUCCGGUCACGCCCAUAUGUGGCACAAUUCGUGAAAGGCCUCACGUUCUCUUGUGAGGUCCCUCCCCCUCUUGAUGAUGUUGUCAAGGCUUCUCUGAUGUGCAUUCUCGAGCAAUGCUCCAGGAUCAGGUCUUUGUCUUGUCUGACACCCUUUGUGGGAUGGCUACAAACAAACAGCAGAGGACUCGAUAUACUAGCUCAGAUCCCCACGACUUUUCUCAAGGAUGGAUCCUAUGCCACAACGAACCUUGUCUACUUGAACGACUACUUAUUCAAUACCUUGCCCGAUAUCUUACCCUCACCCAUCAUUAUCGCCUUCUCUCAGAUGACUUCACUCUCAUUGACUUCUCGACCAAUGAAACGUCUAAAUGCUCCAGAGAUGCGCGCCAUUCCGCCAACACUAAGGUCAUUACAUUUCCCUCGUCUGAAAGACUUGACACUCCGAACAGGUGGCAAUGGAAUCACAGGGGCAUACCUGACCCUCAUCACGACAUGGGAUCUCCCACAACUGGAGCGUCUCACGGCGGAUUUUCUGUACCGUGAUCCUUCGAGUCUAUUCUCCGUGCAAGAGGCCGCAUUCUUCCAAAGAUUUGGAAAACAGCUGAAGGUUCUGGACAUGGACUUCACCCCUAUGUGGGCCGUUCCACCACCUGAUCCGAAUCCAGGGAACAUUCUCAAUCUUUGCCCGGCUCUUGAGCACAUCGUGUUGUUCCUUCCCGACUUAUUUCGUGUACAGGAUUACAUGAGCAGUGUUCGCAACAAUACUUUCGUGGACGUCUGGAUACGAAGCAACCAUUUUCAACCCGAUGACUUUGACACCGAUCCCCAGGAAUAUUUACCUUGUGACUUAGAUGAACCAAGGGUCUACGGCGUGGGCAAGAAAUAUCUUGGACCGAACUUCCGCUUUCUGGAUAUGGGUCUUCAACACAUCAGGGAUUUACCCUUCAUCCUUCCACCUAAUUCCAUCACUGAAGGAGAAAAAACCGUUUACUUACAUCGCAUAUUUGAUUUACGUUUCGCUCAAAGUCGUCGCGCCAUAUUUACAGUAGGCGAAGAUUGGACCAGUGGUACUGGUGUGCUGUUCAACAAAUUUGUGCAGGGUAGCAAUGCUAGUUUUGCUACGAACCACAACAAUGUUGACGACGUAUCCUCUUCCAACGAGAAUGACGAAGUACCUGUCAAUAACGGCUCCCACAUGUCUGUGUGUAGCGAUGAUGCAGAGUCGGAUGCAAACUAUGAAUCUGCAGAGUCUUCGGAUUCCAAUACUAGUGAUUCAGACUUGGGAGAGGAGGAGGAACUGCCUGGGUUUUCUGGGAUGGAAGGUGACUUUAGGGGAGCUUGUCAAUUGCGCGACUUUCCUGGAAACGCUACUACGAUAUCAGAGGAAGAACUCCUCGAUAUCCAUGCCAAUAUGCAGGUGUAACAUCCCUCGUUAUAAUGUUUUCUUUCUGCUUCCUGCCGUGUGGCAUCAAUCCAUGUCUCGCUUGAAAUAAAUAGAUACUGAAACCUUUCCCUUCCUGAGCCGUUCCUUAGAAGUACGACUAUGCUACAUGCUCUACCACAUGCUUGUCUUCAAGAUCUGACUUCUCAGUCCCGUGCUGCUUUCCCAGUACUUCGCGAGCAUCAAUGUCAUCACCGAAGAGCUUGGCCAUCUCUUCCAAUGAUUUGCCUAUGAACAUCACAUUAGAGGAAGCUGAUGUCAUAUAUAGACUUCAAUGCACACCUUUUGUCUCUGGGAAGAAUAAAGCGAUUAUAACAAAGUCAAUCGCAUUUAAAAUGAUGAACAGCACAUAGUACUUC